AUGUAUGUGGGUGAGAGGAUCCUCCGUGCCAGUGUAAAAGGCGAUGCGGAGUGGCUGGAUGUCCUUCUAGUGGUGGUAAUUAAGGAUGCGUUCGGUGAAGGGCCCAGGUCGUGGCUUUGCCCAGAGGGGCUAGUGAUUGCGGUGUUGCUCAUUCUCCAGACGCCGAACCUUCUCGAAGAAAAGCCUUAUGGCCAAGUUGGCAUGAGGGAGGGGCUCGGGUGCUGA